AGACAUUCCAGUCUUGUGAUAUUUAGUGCUAGUACAGCAUUUUUUAAAAGCUGUGCUAUAAUUUAUUUAUAUAUAUUUAUACUUUUUUACUAGAAACCAAAUACUAACCAACCAAUAUGUGUGACGAAGAAGUAGCCGCUUUGGUCGUAGACAAUGGCUCAGGCAUGUGUAAAGCCGGUUUCGCCGGAGAUGAUGCGCCGCGCGCCGUCUUUCCCUCGAUCGUCGGCCGCCCCCGUCAUCAGGGCGUGAUGGUCGGUAUGGGCCAGAAGGACUCCUACGUGGGCGACGAGGCGCAGAGCAAACGAGGUAUUCUCACCCUGAAAUACCCCAUCGAGCACGGUAUCGUCACCAACUGGGAUGACAUGGAGAAGAUCUGGCACCACACUUUUUACAAUGAAUUGAGGGUGGCGCCCGAGGAGCACCCGGUUCUGCUCACGGAAGCUCCGCUCAACCCCAAAGCCAACAGAGAGAAGAUGACGCAGAUCAUGUUCGAGACCUUCAACACCCCCGCCAUGUACGUGGCCAUCCAGGCGGUACUGUCCCUGUACGCCUCCGGUCGUACCACCGGAAUCGUGCUGGACUCCGGAGAUGGUGUCUCCCACACAGUGCCCAUCUACGAGGGGUACGCCUUGCCCCACGCCAUCCUCCGUCUGGAUUUGGCUGGACGUGACUUGACCGAUUACCUCAUGAAGAUCCUCACCGAGAGGGGCUACUCCUUCACCACCACUGCCGAGAGGGAAAUCGUGAGGGACAUCAAGGAGAAACUUUGCUAUGUCGCGCUGGACUUUGAACAGGAAAUGGCCACGGCAGCGAGCUCCAGCUCGCUGGAGAAGAGCUACGAGCUGCCCGAUGGACAGGUCAUCACCAUCGGCAACGAGAGGUUCAGGUGUCCAGAGGCCCUUUUCCAGCCCUCGUUCUUGGGGAUGGAAGCUAACGGUAUCCACGAGACCACCUACAACUCCAUCAUGAAGUGCGACGUGGACAUCCGUAAGGACUUGUACGCCAACACCGUGCUUUCCGGAGGUACCACCAUGUACCCGGGUAUUGCCGACAGGAUGCAGAAGGAGAUCACCGCUUUGGCUCCCAGUACCAUGAAGAUCAAGAUCAUCGCUCCCCCAGAGAGGAAAUACUCCGUAUGGAUCGGUGGGUCCAUCUUGGCCUCGUUGUCCACCUUCCAGCAGAUGUGGAUCUCCAAACAGGAGUACGACGAGUCUGGUCCCUCAAUCGUGCACAGGAAGUGCUUCUAAGUUGUUUAUUUUCGAUUUUUUUUUCUUCUCUUCUUCUUCUUCGUCAGCAUUCAAUUAUUAUUUUAUGUUGUAUGUACUAUGCCCGAUUUUGGGGGCAAGAACUGCCGUGUUUAUGGUAUUGAGUGACCAUAAAAUAUUCACUCUAGGCCAAAGUAUUAUUCUAUCUUAAUUUUGUAAUUUAUUACAUGUGCAGAAUAAGACUCUUAUUAUUAUAUAUUAUUAGGCAAAUACUAUGGUAUAAUAAAUGAUAAAAAUGU